AUGGGAAGAGCUCAGGAACACAACCAACACUCCAUGGUCUCGGACUGGCCCAAGGCCGAUCCAAAGACAUGGAACAGCGCCCAGCGUCUCGUCGACCGUUUCAAUCUGUAUCCCAUCCUCCCGGACCAAGCGCCGCCCAAGUUUGAAAAGACGGACAAGAUACCAUUCAUGCCUGCUUGGUCACAACAUCGUUAUAUUCUCAUCCACGCCGCUCUGCCGCUCCUCAUCCACCAGGCCUGGGUCUCGCUGACCGGUUGGCCCAUGGGCAAAAUCGCCGCCAUAAUCUUCUACUACACGUCGUACAAACUCAUCGCCAUACGGGAAGUCAACCUUUUGCGGGGGCUCAUCUACAAACACGGCGUGCUCGACGGCGAGGUGCCCCGCGACGGUAUCCCCAACACCGGAACAUGGAAAAUCCUUGGCGAGCUGGAAAAGACGACUGGAUUCCGCAUGGUCAUGGCUGUCUUUCUGACCUAUAACCCCGAGGUUCCACCUCUGGCGGCGAUUCAAGAUACGAGCGCUUACGCGCCGUUCUUGCUCAAGCUCAGCCUGUAUGGCAUUAUUCUCGAUUUUUUCUUCUACGCGUAUCACCGCGCCUGCCACGAACUGCCUGGCCUUUGGAAGUAUCAUCGAACUCACCAUCUUGCGAAACAUCCGACUGCCGUACACUCUGGCUUCGCGGACGAUGAGCAGGAGAUUAUUGAAAUCUUCAUCGUCCCGUUCCUCACGUAUUUGACCUUUUGGUCUCUUGGAUUGCGCCUCGGGUUCUAUGAGUGGUGGAUGUGCUUUGAGUACCUCACAUGGGCCGAGGUCUGGGGCCAUUGUGGCCUGCGCGUUCAUGGCAUUGUUCCGUCGCCUGUUUCUGGCAUCCUCGGGCUGAUGAGUAUGGAACUCGCUCUCGAGGAUCACGAUUUGCACCAUCGCAGAGGAUGGAAGAAGAGCUUCAACUAUGGCAAGCAGACGCGGGUCUGGGAUCGACUGUUUGGCAGUUGCACGGAUAGACUGGAGGCUGACGAUGCCAACAUUGACUACGGUCACCAUGUACCCAUGCCUGUCCUAGGAUAG